CGUGAAAGAGUUGCGGAACCGGGAGGAUACCGGGCUGCAGGGAAGAAAAGAGGAAAGGGGGGUGUGUUUUGUCAGACUUCCCUUACUGGAAGACUUUUUUUAACCGUUUUAUCUGUAACAGUAUAUCAAUCAAAUUAAAGGAGUGUACGUGAAAAGCUGUGAAGAUGGCGCAGCCAGACACCAAGAGAUUCUUCGAGAAUCUGACCGGGGCGGGGAAAUCUAUCGCAGUACUCACCAGUGGCGGGGAUGCUCAAGGAAUGAAUGCUGCUGUCCGGGCUGUCGUCCGGAUGGGAAUCUAUGUGGGAGCCAAAGUUUACUUCAUUCAUGAGGGUUAUCAGGGUAUGGUGGAUGGAGGAGACAACAUCGAGGAGGCAUCAUGGGAAAGUGUCUCCAGCAUGUUACAAGUGGGUGGCACCGUGAUCGGCAGUGCCCGUUGCAAAGAGUUCCGCACCCACGAGGGGCGUCUGAAGGCGGCGCACAACCUGCUGCAGCGCGGCAUCACUAACCUGUGCGUGAUCGGAGGAGACGGAAGCCUGACGGGAGCCAACCUCUUCAGGGAGGAGUGGAGCGGCCUCCUGGGGGAACUGGUCCAGCAAGGUUUGAUUGAUGAAGAUGCGGUGCAGAAGUACUCCGCCCUGCACAUAGUGGGAAUGGUGGGAUCCAUCGACAACGACUUCUGCGGCACUGACAUGACGAUAGGAACGGACUCCGCCCUGCACAGGAUCAUCGAGGUGGUGGACGCCAUCAUGACCACUGCCCAGAGUCACCAGAGGACCUUUGUUUUGGAAGUCAUGGGAAGGCAUUGUGGGUACUUAGCUCUAGUGAGCGCCCUGGCGUGUGGAGCUGACUGGGUGCUGAUCCCAGAGAUGCCUCCAGCAGAUGGCUGGGAGGACAAGAUGUGUCAGAAGCUGUCUGCGAACCGAGCAGGAAUGAAACGGCUGAAUAUCAUAAUAGUAGCCGAGGGGGCAAUUGAUUGUAACAACAAGCCCAUAACUACCGACCAUGUCAAGAAUCUGGUGGUCCGGUGCCUGGGGUUCGACACGCGUGUGACCAUCCUGGGCCACGUCCAGCGUGGAGGAACGCCCUCCGCCUUCGACCGCAUCCUGGCCAGUCGUAUGGGUGUGGAGGCUGUCCUAGCCUUGCUGGAGACCACGGCUAACACACCUGCCUGUGUGGUGUCUCUCUGUGGGAACCAGUCCGUGAGACUGCCCCUCAUGGAAUGUGUACAGAUGACUCAGGAGGUCCAGAAGGCCAUGGAUGAGAAGAAGUUUGAGGAGGCUGUUAAGCUGCGUGGAAGGAGCUUUGAGAACAAUCUGAGGACAUACAAACUACUUGCUCACCGUGAACUUGAAUCAGAGCUUCCACAAAGUAACUUCAACGUGGCUGUGCUGAACGUGGGCGCCCCCGCCGCGGGCAUGAACGCCGCCGUGCGCUCCGCCGUCAGGGUGGGCAUCUCCGAGGGACACAAGAUGUUCGCCGUCAACGACGGCUUCGAGGGAUUCUACAAGGGACAGAUCAAAGAGAUCAAGUGGGCUGAUGUGGGAGGAUGGACUGGCCAGGGUGGCUCUCUGCUGGGAACCAAGAGGACUCUGCCUGCGAAGCACCUUGAAAAGUUAGCAGAGCAGAUGCGUAUAAACAAUAUCAAUGCCUUGCUAGUCAUCGGGGGUUUUGAGGCACUAGAGUGUCUGCUGCAGCUGUACGAGGCCCGUAGCAGCUAUGAGGAGUAUUGCAUCCCGAUGUGUAUGCUGCCUGCCACCAUUAGUAACAAUGUGCCGGGCACUGACCUUAGUAUUGGUGCCGAUACGGCCCUCAAUGCCAUCGUAGAGACGUGUGAUCGCAUCAAGCAGUCUGCCAGUGGCACCAAGCGCCGUGUGUUCAUCAUUGAGACGAUGGGUGGUUACUGUGGUUACCUGGCCAGCGUAGGGGGGCUGGCAGCGGGAGCGGAUGCUGCCUACAUCUACGAAGAGCCCUUCGACAUCAAAGACCUGCAGUCUAAUGUUGAACACUUGACAGAGAAGAUGAAGACCAGCAUUCAGAGAGGACUCAUCCUCAGGAACGAGAACAGCAACGAGAACUACACCACAGACUUCAUCUAUCAGCUGUACUCUGAGGAGGGCAGAGGCGUGUUCGACUGUAGGAAGAAUGUCCUGGGGCACAUGCAGCAGGGAGGUGCCCCAUCCCCGUUUGACCGCAACUUUGGGACCAAGAUCUCGGCCAAAGCCAUGCAGUGGCUCUCCAAGAAGCUGAAGGAGACCUUCAGACAAGACGAAGGGAGAGUGUUUGCUAACACGGAGGACAGCUGCUGUCUGCUGGGCAUGCGGCGUCGAGCAAUGGUGUUCCAGCCGGUGGUACAGCUCAGAGACGAAACCGACUUUGUCCACAGGAUCCCUAAGGAGCAGUGGUGGCUGAAGCUGCGCCCGCUGAUGAAGAUCCUGGCCAAGUACAAGACCAGCUACGACGUGUCCGACUCUGGUCAGCUGGAACACGUGGUCAGGAUCCGGCCCAAGGAUUCGGACGUGUCUGCAUGAGACCCUCCACCCUCACCAGGCCAGCCUGUCCGUCUCUGCAUGAGACCCCCCUCACCCUCACCAGGGCCCCAUGUCUGUCUGUGUAUAAGAGCACCAAUCACAGCAUCUCAGCUUCUGUAUGGUCACCCAGGCUAGCGCCCCCUCGUCUGUCGUCCUGUAAGACGUCGUCCCUCUCCCCCUUCUCUCUGCGAGGGCAGUGUAGUGGAGACGGCCAUCUCCUGCUGGAGUUCUUACAAGCAGACUCCAGUUAGUGUUUUCAAAUGCUGCCAAUGAUUCAUAUGAAAGCACACACAUUGUCUCUUUCUCUCCUCUAUCUUUUUUUUCUUCUCUCUCACACACUCACACUCACUUCUCCUUGUCUUUAUGGUUGUCAUCUUGGCUUUGUUUCUCAAACCUGGUGUUGAAACGUUGUUUCUGAACCCUCGAGGCUGCUCCCAGUACAGCCCAGAGAAUAGAUGCUAUCCUACUGUAGCUGCACCAGUGUUAGGUUGAACAUGUUGCAUCUAUGUGGGAACCAAAUGUUUAGACAUUUUGACAUUCCACUGCUCAAACCUUGGACAUAUGAUUGAGAAAUGUAGGUACCAAUAAAAGUAUUAGUCAUGUAAUGCACCAUUAAUUUAAAUUUAAAUGUCUAAGCCUAACAUUUCCCACCGAAUAAACGUAAUAUAUGAAUUCAACAC